GUUAGCAAAAGAGAGUUCAAAUUUUUUUUCCGUAGACAAUUAUUGAAUCCACUUAUUUUAAAAUAUAAUUUUUUUACACUUAUAAUUUUGUUUUUAAGGUAAAGAAAAAGUUGAUGCGAAAUGCUGUGGAAGACAGAGAAUUUGGAAAAAGCAUUGAAAUCGAUGAAGUGAAAUUAGAAGAGCAAGUAAAAGAAGUGGAGGAUAUAAUACAGAUGUUUAUCGAUAUAAACCUAAAUGAAAAUUUCAAAAGAGAGUUGGAAGUUUUGGAUGAUACUUACAUCGAACAUGUUGGCCUGGAAAAUCUUAUUGUAGAAAGAAUGGAAGCAAACCUUGAUUUGUUAGGAGGUGAAUUUGGGCUAGACAUAGGACGUUUGAAUAAAGAAGAUGAAGAGCUAUCGAAUGGGGAAAAUGCCGAGUCACGUGCGGAGUUUUUAAAAAAAGUUGGAUUCUCAAUUACGGGAGCUGAAAAUUUCAAAAACUUUAUUGUUACAACUAUACAACAUCGUUCGUUACAAAAUUGGCUAGACUUUGACAAGACAUUUGACAAGACAAUUGGCUAGACAAUUACUUAGACUUUGACAAGACUUUGACAAGACAAUUGGCUAGACAAAAUUGGCUAUUUAGAAAAAAUAUUUUUUAGCAAAAAUUUGAUAGCCUGCUUUCAUGGUUUUCCUUUUGAGGGCCCUAACAACAUACGAUUUAAUAUAAGCUUGCAUCAAAGCUCUGCAAACUUGCAAGGAAAAGAAAUUUCGGCAUGGAAUAUAAAAUUAAAUCUUUAAGAAAUGGAUAUUGCAAAUAAAAUUUCAGAAAUUAAAACAGUAUUGUCUAUAGGUAUAUAAUUUUUUUUUUAAUUUUUAUAUCAAACAUUUUUAACUCAACUACUUUUAAUGCAUUUGUUGUUAUCUUAAUAAUGAA